UUAGGGUAUCGCUUUCUUGAGUUUUUGUGUAGUGCCAAUAGCUAAAAAUGUCUGGUCGUGGUAAAGGGGGUAAAGGUUUGGGGAAAGGAGGUGCUAAGAGACACAGAAAGGUUCUUCGAGAUAACAUUCAAGGAAUUACUAAACCUGCUAUUCGUCGUCUGGCUCGCCGUGGAGGAGUAAAGCGUAUUUCUGGUCUAAUCUAUGAGGAAACUCGUGGUGUUCUCAAAGUGUUUUUAGAGAACGUGAUUCGUGAUGCUGUAACUUACACAGAGCAUGCAAAACGGAAGACAGUAACGGCUAUGGAUGUAGUGUAUGCCUUGAAACGCCAAGGUCGCACUCUUUAUGGGUUUGGGGGUUAAAUUUUUUAUUGACAUUCACAGCAUAAAAGGUCCUUUUAAGGGCCAC